AGGAACAAAUUUCAACCCAACACGCUUCAAUAUUCUCUUUUCACAUUCCCUCCAUUCUUUCUCAGAUCAAUUUCCGGCCGUCGUUUCGGUUCAGAAGCUUUGGGUUUCGUUUUCAUGGCGGAGCUCUGUAACAAUUUGAAUAUCGCUUCUAUGAUGAGGAUGAUGCAUGAGACAAUUAACUAAACCGGAAAGUCCAAAAGGGAACAGGAAAAGGAAAAUUCUCGAUUUGGGUUUUAAUUUUGGGACAUUCUUCUUCUUCUUGUUCCAGCCAAUGUAAAUUGCCUCAUCGAACAAUUUCCCUGUGAUUUUUUGGGGACGAAAUUCGGCUGUUCCUAGUUUUCUUGAGGAAUAUUCCGCGGUUUUUGUUUUGGGUUCUUUUUAAUUUAUUGUUCCAGUUUCUUUUUUUUUGUGUUUUUUGUCUGUGUCUUGGGUUUUAGUUUCGAGGAGUCUUCUUCUUCCUUUCGAGGGCCACUGUGAAUUCGGAUUCCUGAAAACGAUCGGUUUUUAACUUUUGUUGAGGAUCGAAUCAGAUCUAUUCUGCGUCAUUUGGGUUUUUUUUUUUAUCCUUUCAAAAGAUUUCCUAAUGGAUUAUGACGAUUUUGCUUUUCCGCCACUGGGUUCUCUUUGCAAUUUCUAGCGUUUUGAAUAGUGAACUUCCUUCUUAGAUCGGUUUAUGUUUUCAGAGUCCACUACUGAGAACGAGAAGUACAAACGUUUUUCAGAUUGUUUAUCGGGAAGAUAACCUUUCUCAAUCGCCGAUUCUUCUAAUCGGAUUCACUAAAAAAUGGUUCGGUUGGAUUUAGAUGAUUUCCGGACCAUAUUGGAUACAGCCGGUGUCGAUGUUUGGACCUUCAUCGAUACAGCUAUGGAGGUUGCUUCAUUGGAUUACGGCAAUCAAUUGAAGAAUCGGAGAGACGGAAUCGUUGAGAGGCUCUAUGCGUUGACUUCGCCUCCUACUCGAUGUCGGAAUUGCGAUACGGAUCGCUAUAACGACGGCCGUUCUAAUGGCUGUGAAAUCAAACAGAGCCCCGUUGAGGCUAAGGAAGCUUCCCCUUCGACGCCUCAGUUCGUUGUAGUCGAAGGAGACGACGAGGGAGUAGACCCGUAUGGAGGUUUGUUUGAUGAUGAACAGAAGAAGGUUUUAGAAAUAAAGGAGCAGCUUGAAAUUCCUCACCAGCCUGAAGAUGCCUUGGUUGAACUGCUUCAAAACUUGGCAGACAUGGAUAUAACAUUCCAAGCUCUUAAGGAAACUGAUAUUGGAAGGCAUGUGAACCGGUUGAGGAAGCAUUCAUCUAAUGAUGUUCGCAGAUUGGUGAAACAUCUUGUCAGAAAAUGGAAGGAGAUUGUGGAUGAAUGGGUCAGGUUGAAUCAGCCUGGGGAGCAGACAGCUACACUCAUAGCUGAUGGUGACUCACCCCAGCAAAAGGUUUCUCAAAAUGGUUAUCACCAGGUUCCUGAUUUUGCGUACUCCCCGAAUCCACACAAUGGAGGUUCUGGGUCAGAUAGAAAUAACGUAGAACCCGAACCGAAGGGAAAGUCCGUUCCAAGAAGAGAUGCUCUGCCGAAACCAGCACAACCGGCUCCAAUGUCGUCGUCAUAUACUCCUCAAAAUAGACAGAAAGAACAACAGAAGGAAGCAAAUUUUGAUUCCCAAAAGCUUGCAUCAGCUAGAAAAAGGCUUCAAGAAAAUUACAAAGAAGCUGAAAAUGCUAAAAAGCAAAGAACAAUCCAAGUAAUGGACAUUCAUGAGAUCCCAAAGCCAAAAAAUACCUUCUUCUCAAAGAACAAAGGCACCGGCGGUGGCUCUCAAGGCAGACAUUGGUGAUAUUUGGCAAUGCAGCAAAGCAACAUCUUCAAAAUUAGGUCUCCGUAUUGUCGAAACUGGAAUCGGUUUAUCAUCCUUUCUAUUUGUUACCUUUUUGAUCAUUAAAAUUUAAACUGCUCUAUCAAGCUUAAAGAGAAUCAAAAACUACUUUUCGCGUAAAUUUUCUCCUAAUAAGCAAUGCUAAUGCUCUGAUAUAUUGUUUAUUUAGAAUCCCCAAGUCUUAAUAUCUCAUUGGUGUAAUUGGAUCAACUUCAAAUAUAAAACUCAAAUAGGAGGAAGGCCUUGUUCUUA